AAAACCUCUUCAUAAUCACUUUUAAAGAGUUGACAACUGUUUUAAAAGAUUAAAGAAAGGCAGAUGUCUGCAAAUAAUUCCCCUCCAUCAGCCCAGAAGUCUGUAUUACCUGCAGCUAUUCCCGCUGUGCUUCCAACUGCUUCUCCGUGUUCAAGUCCUAAGACAGGACUCUCUGCCCGACUCUCUAAUGGAAGCUUCAGUGCACCGUCACUCACCAACUCCAGAGGCUCAGUGCAUACAGUUUCAUUUCUACUGCAGAUUGGCCUCACACGGGAGAGUGUUACCAUUGAAGCCCAGGAACUGUCUUUAUCUGCUGUCAAAGAUCUUGUGUGCUCCAUUGUUUAUCAAAAGUCACAUGUUCACCAAGAACCAAGUAAGAGAAUUCCUUCUUGGAGUGGUCGCCCAAUCUGGAUGGAAAAGAUGGUAAUGUGCAGAGUAAAAGUUCCACACACAUUUGCUGUUCACUCUUACACCCGUCCCACAAUAUGUCAGUACUGCAAGCGGUUACUGAAAGGCCUCUUUCGGCAAGGAAUGCAGUGUAAAGCUUUAGCCACAGUAGAAGACUUCCAGAUUCGUCCACAUACUCUUUACGUACAUUCUUACAAAGCUCCUACUUUUUGUGAUUAUUGUGGUGAAAUGCUCUGGGGAUUGGUACGUCAGGGACUGAAAUGUGAAGGCUGUGGAUUAAAUUACCAUAAACGAUGUGCCUUCAAGAUUCCAAAUAACUGUAGUGGAGUAAGAAAGAGACGUCUGUCAAAUGUAUCUUUACCAGGACCUGGCCUCUCGGUUCCAAGACCCCUACAGCCUGAAUGUGUAGCCCUUCUCAGUGAAGAGUUUCCAGAGUGUGGAUUCUUUGGCAUGUAUGAUAAAAUUCUUCUCUUUCGUCAUGACAUGAACUCAGAAAAUAUUUUGCAGCUGAUUACCUCAGCAGAUGAAAUACAUGAGGGAGACCUAGUAGAAGUUGUUCUUUCGGAACCUUCCAGUCUGGGAACAGAUACAGAUAUACCAAUGGACAUUGACAGUAAUGACUUGAAUAGUGAGGGUAGUCGGGGCUUAGAUGACACAGAAGAGCCAUCUCCCCCAGAAGAUAAAAUGUUCUUCCUGGAUCCAUCUGAUCUUGAUGUGGAAAGAGAUGAAGAAGCUGUUAAAACAAUCAGUCCAUCAACGAGCAAUAACAUUCCGCUAAUGAGGGUUGUACAAUCCAUCAAGCACACAAAGAGGAAGAGCAGCACAAUGGUGAAGGAAGGGUGGAUGGUCCAUUACACCAGCAGGGAUAACCUGAGAAAGAGGCAUUAUUGGAGACUUGACAGCAAAUGUCUAACAUUGUUUCAAAACGAAUCUGGAUCAAAGUAUUACAAGGAAAUUCCACUUUCAGAAAUUCUCCGCAUAUCUUCACCACGAGAUUUCACAAACAUUUCACAAGGCAGCAACCCACACUGUUUUGAAAUCAUCACUGAUACGAUGGUAUACUUUGUUGGAGAGAACAAUGGGGACAGCUCUCACAAUCCUGUUCUUGCUGCCACUGGAGUUGGACUUGAUGUAGCACAGAGCUGGGAAAAGGCAAUUCGCCAAGCUCUCAUGCCUGUUACCCCUCAAGCAAGUGUUUGCACUUCUUCAGGGCAUGGGAAAGAUCACAUAUUUCUCUACUUACGUUGGUCAUAUAAAUAUCUUGCAACCUCUGUUCAGAAUUUGCAUCAUCCUGGGAUUGUAAAUCUGGAAUGUAUGUUUGAGACCCCAGAACGAGUAUUUGUAGUAAUGGAAAAGCUGCAUGGAGAUAUGUUGGAAAUGAUUUUAUCCAGUGAGAAAAGUCGGCUUCCAGAACGAAUUACUAAAUUCAUGGUCACACAGAUACUUGUUGCUUUGAGGAAUCUGCAUUUUAAGAAUAUUGUGCACUGUGAUUUAAAGCCAGAAAAUGUGCUGCUUGCAUCAGCAGAGCCAUUUCCUCAGGUGAAGCUGUGUGACUUUGGAUUUGCACGCAUCAUUGGUGAAAAGUCAUUCAGGAGAUCUGUGGUAGGAACUCCGGCAUACUUAGCCCCUGAAGUUCUCCGGAGCAAAGGUUACAACCGUUCUCUAGAUAUGUGGUCAGUGGGAGUUAUUGUCUAUGUGAGCCUCAGUGGCACGUUUCCUUUCAAUGAGGAUGAAGAUAUAAAUGACCAAAUCCAAAAUGCUGCAUUUAUGUACCCACCAAAUCCAUGGAGAGAAAUUUCUGGUGAAGCAAUUGAUUUGAUAAACAACCUGCUUCAAGUGAAGAUGAGAAAACGUUACAGUGUUGACAAAUCUCUUAGUCAUCCCUGGCUACAGGACUAUCAGACUUGGCUUGACCUCAGAGAAUUUGAAACUCGCAUUGGAGAACGUUACAUUACACAUGAAAGUGAUGAUGCUCGCUGGGAAAUACAUGCAUACACACACAACCUUGUAUAUCCAAAGCACUUCAUUAUGGCUCCCAAUCCAGAUGAUAUGGAAGAAGAUCCCUAAUUAUCAAUGAGCUAACUUCAGUAAGCAAAGAUUUCAUUUUGUGGACUGAUACUUUGCUGCAUAACUGUUGUUCAUUGUAGGUUGUCAUCUGCAAGGAUGCAAAAACAUAAGGAAAUACAAGGAAUUGGUGACACCAAUACUGUAGUUCAUAAUGAGUAGGUACAGGAGAGGAAACUGAGUAAUAAAAACUCACAGUGGAAUCAAGGUGAAACUUUUUACAAAUUUUUGUAGC